GCGUCAUGGAUGAAAAACUCAUAUUGAGUCCUCGGGAUGAAUCUAUGAUAACAAUAGGGGUGGUUUAGAGGUCUGUUGAACCACCACUUGAAUCGAAAAUUGAAGACUACCGUCAGCUGACAUAUUUUGAAAUUAAUUCAUACUCUCUAACCACUGUAAUUGAAAUAUCAACAUGACAGCACAAGUCGUUCCCAGAUUUCAGGGCUGGUUGGGGAAGUCCCCGGACUCUGUCAAUGGAAAAAUGGAAUGGGGCGAGUAUGAGCCUAAGAAAUGGACAGAAGAUGAUGUAGACAUAGAAAUCUCACAUUGUGGUAUAUGCGGUUCUGAUAUACAUGUACUGAGGUCUGGUUGGAGUCCAACACCAUACCCUUGUGUUGUGGGUCAUGAGAUCGUUGGUAAGGCAGUACGUGUGGGGAAGAAUGUCAAAGGUAUCAAGACUGGCGACCGCGUUGGAGUGGGAGCGCAAGCUCGAACUUGUUUGAAGAAGAGCUGCCCUGACUGCGGUAGUGGCAAUGAGUCUUAUUGCCAUAAUGAGAUGGUGGGUACCUAUGGCGGUAUCUACCCCAACAACGAAGGAAAGAGUUACGGUGGUUAUGGAGAUUACAAUCGUACGAAUAACAAUUGGGUCUUCCCUAUACCGGAUGGUCUGGAUUCAGCUACUGCAGCGCCGAUGUUAUGUGGAGGCAUCACUGUCUACUCGCCCCUGAAGCAGAAUGGUUGUGGGCCAGGUAAGAGUGUGGGUAUUGUCGGCGUUGGUGGACUAGGUCACUUUGGUGUGCUUUUUGCUAAGGCAUUGGGGGUCGACAAGGUUGUUGGAAUCUCGAGGAAGUCGGACAAGAGAGACGAUGUACUGAAGUUGGGUGCCGAUGAGUACAUCGCUACGGACGAGGACAGGGACUGGCAUGCUAAACAUGCACUGUCGCUGGAUCUGAUUAUUUGCACUGUGUCUAGCGAGAAGAUGCCCCUGAAUAACUACCUUUCUCUCCUUAAAACGAAAGGAACCUUCAUUCAAGUCGGCGCUCCCGACGGAGGCAGCCUACCGGCCGUUAAUGCAUUUACGUUGAUCAGGAAUGGCAUCAAAGUGGGUGGUAGUGCGACCGGCGCGCCUUGGGAAAUCCGAGAGAUGCUCCAACUCGCAGCGGACAAGAAAAUCAAAUCUUGGAUUCAGGAACGGCCCUUAGAAGAAGCUAACCAGGCUAUUGUUGAUAUGGAGAAUGGAAAGGCUCGGUACCGAUACGUGCUGGUCAACGAAAACUACGGUAAACACUAGAAGAAGGUUGGUGUGUAGGAUAAUCAAAUGUACUCUUAAUAAAAUUCCGAAUGGGAAAGAAUAUUUUCGACAUGGGUUUGCUGCGAGGCGACGGAUUUGGCCAGGUUUUGGCCAUAGCUUAAGGCGAAUUUUUCCGUGGGGACUGCUCAUUAGCGAGUACCAGAUCUACCAGCUAUUAGGGCUCUGAUCGUACUCCGUCAUCCUUACAGAGACGAUCGGCCGGGGCUUACGACUGGGGUAGUCGGCAGGGAGGGAUGGUAGAGACAAGGGGUUAGAUAAGCUAAUCAUUAUGUGGGUGUCCGAUUGUUGACGAAGUGACCAGUCGCAUAUUACGCGCCCUAAAUUGAAAUUGAUUCUUUGAAUUUGCAGAUAUAGCUGAACACAUAGUA